GGAGCCAGAAGUGGCGAGGGAAGCGAGCGGCAGUCGACGGCGGGCCGCCAUCAUGGCAAGGUAGUAUUACGCAGGGCUCGCACACCGCUGCUACCGCCCCCUCCAACAAUUGUGUCGCACGCUAUCCUAUCCCCAAUGGCCACCGGGAACUGGAGGCUCCCACAUUACACUUGUGAUCGAGCUCGGGGAGCAGUCAGAUUAUAUUGUGCUGCACAUACCGCUUCCCUCUGCCAUGAUAUUCUUUAGUGAACAACUGAGAACAGAGAAUUAAAGUAAAUAAAGAAUAAAUGACAUUGACUAUACAGUGUAUUAUAUAUUGUGCUAGAUGGAUAAAGCGAGAGAAUCAGACAGGUGGACGCGCUUCCUGGUGAGGCGGAGCAGUCAGGCGUGCUAGCGAGUGCGAUCAGCAGGCGGGCCGGCACAAGACAAAGGUGUGCAACAAGCAGGCCCCCACAGGUGGAGCGCGGUGUAAUGCUAAAACAGGAAAACAAACUACACGACACGAAUGUAAAUAUUCCUAAAAAAAACUUUAUUCUGUGAGCUACAUAAGAUGGUUUUGAUAUUAAAACUCGAAAGCUACAGACGAGAUAAAAUGGGGACAAGGGAGAAAAAUAACACGAACUUCUACAAGCUUAAAAGCGCAUGUUACACGUCUCACUGGAAGGAUUAUGCUAUAAAACUGACAGGCAAGUGAUUAUAUUACUAAAGUCAGAAACAAAGAAUGAAAUUUUGAAAUGUGCCAGUUAGGAUGCUUUCACAGAAAAGGGCACAAACCUUUUUAAAAAAGCCUUGUCAAUCUUAUGAAAUUUAAAAGAAAUAAUUUUGUGGUAUACUUCUUCGAACAAAUGGAAAGAAAAGGUCUAGUUUGAGGAUAAAUUCGAUUUGUUUAUUCAUUCAUUUUAUUUUUCUGAUUUUGUUUAUUUGUUUAUUUAUUCAUUUUCUUGUCGUGAGAACCACGAGGGUUUGAAUCAUCAAACCUAUGAAUGGGAAGUUCUAAAUUCGUACACAGCUGAAGCUGGAGAACCAUCGGAUUGUGUGGUGCGAGGCAGGCUGAGGAAGCAAGUGGAGCUCAGGUGCUGUAGAAGACGACCUGGUAAUGAGAGAGGGGUGCGAGGCCUUGCUGGUGUUAUUGAAAAUAGGUGUGAGGGAAGAUUUCCCCGUGAAGGCUCGCCUGCCUCCACCAAGAUGUGGCUCACCCUGUGGCGCACCUUUGGCAUCGUCUUCUUCGUCGCCAUACUGCCAGGAUGCCUUCCGGGCCAUCACGAGCGGCGGCUGCUGAACGAUCUACUCAAGGACUACAACAAGUUGGAACGACCCACCCAAAAUGAGUCUUCAGCCAUUGUGGUGAAGCUCGGCCUCACGUUGCAACAGAUAAUCAACGUGGAUGAAAAGAACCAAAUCCUUACAACAAACGUCUGGUUGAAUUUCGAAUGGACGGACCAUAAUCUGAUAUGGAACGAGACUGAGUACGGAGGCGUCACCGAUCUGCGGAUAAACCCAAAAUACCUGUGGACUCCUGACGUCCUCAUGUACAACAGUGCUGACGAGGGUUUCUCCAGCACGUAUCCGACCAACGUGGUGGUGGCGAGCUCCGGCCUUUGCACCCACAUCCCCCCCGGCAUCUUCUUCUCCACCUGCAGGAUCGAUAUCACCUGGUAUCCCUUUGACGACCAGAAGUGCAAAAUGAAAUUCGGCUCCUGGACCUACGAUUCAGCCAAGAUCGACCUGCAGCUGAACAAUGAGCAAGGUGGAGACAUCAGCGGCUACAUCACCAACGGGGAGUGGGACCUCAUAGCGGUGCCCGGGAAACGGAACACGCUCACCUACACCUGCUGCCCUGAAGUGUAUGUAGACGUCACCUUCCAAAUUCACAUCAGGCGAAGGACGCUCUACUACUUCAGCAAUCUCAUCAUGCCCUGUGUGCUCAUCUCGUCUAUGGCGUUACUGGGUUUCACGCUGCCUCCCGACUCCGGGGAGAAGCUCACAUUAGAAAUCACAAUCCUGCUUUCUCUGACGGUUUUCAUGACUGUUGUAGCGGAAAAAUUGCCUCAAGUAUCUGACGCUAUACCAUUGUUAGCAACGUACUUCAACUGCAUCAUGUUCAUGGUAGCGUCUUCUGUGGUGCUCACCGUCGUGGUGCUCAACUACCACCACCGCACGCCCAACUCCCAUGCCAUGCCGAACUGGGUAAGUGGAGGUCUAGGACAAGACACACAAGAAUCCUCCUCAAAGGAAGCUCUCAAGAUGCCCCGAUGGAUCCGCUGUGUGCUGCUGCAGUGGCUGCCAUGGAUCCUGCGCAUGGAGCGUCCGGGGAAGAAGAUCACGCGGAAGACCAUCAUGAUGACCAAUAAGAUGAGGGAGCUGGAGCUGAAGGAGCGCUCGUCCAAGUCACUACUGGCAAACGUGCUGGACAUUGACGAUGAUAUUCGUCAGAUUCAGGCGAUGGGCAGCGGUACGCCUUCCCACAAUGGAGGCUACCCCCGCCUCGUAGGCAGGUCCUACGAGGAAGGAGGGCCCAUUGUCACGCCUCACACUUCCUUCUGCUUCAACAAGACACGGGAGCUGCAGAAUAUUCUGCGAGAGCUUAGGUACAUCACCAACAAGAUGAGGUGUGACGAAGAGGUCCACGAGAUAGAAGUGGACUGGAAAUUCGCGGCCAUGGUGGUGGACCGAUUCUGCCUCAUCACCUUCACCACCUACACCAUCGUCUCCACCAUCGUUGUCAUGCUUUCGGCGCCACAUAUCAUUUCAUAAGCAUAUAAUGAUAUAUAAAAGAAAUUUGUAUUACAUAAUGUUCUAGGCAAAGUGAUUUUUCUAAUUAGGAAUAAAAUUAUUUUGGUACAAGAGCGUUAGAUAAAUCAGAUCUAAUCUUGCCUUCUUUGUGCGUUAAAGGGUUAAGUUUUUCCCGAAAGGUAGACUGAAGGCCAUGAUGCCAUGCUGAGCUGGAGCACGGACGUAGGCACUUUCACUGUUUGAGACGCGCUCUUUGGCACCACAUAUGAGGGGAAAAUUUAUUAUAAUAUAAUGAUCUUGAUCAUAUCACAAACAACACACUAAAAAGGAAACGGCUGAAUUGCCUAGAGAAUUCAUAUUGGAAUAAUGUACUCAUAUUUUACCUAAAAAGUAAUUACAGAAAUAAAUAAAUAAAUAAAUAAAUAAAUAAAUGAACAAAUAAUAAAGAAAUAACAUUAAGAAAUAAAUCAAAUAAAAGAAAAUUACAUUGUUUUACACCUAAAAGAGAAAACAGCAACAUGCAUUCAUAUAUAUAUAUAUAUAUAUAUAU